CUGCGGGAGCUGGGGCCAUCGUACCGGGGCACCGACCCGGAAGGCGCUCAACGGUGGCUGGAAAUCGAACUGGCAAGCCGUCCGUACGGGACAUUGCCCUCGCAACCGGUACGCGAGCCGAUCACCUAUUCGCGGCUCGGCACUAUGAGGGUUCCAACGCUGAUACUGUCCGGGGAGGCCGAUCUGCUCUCGCCGCCGGCGCUGAUGCGGAUGCUGGCGGCGCACAUUCCCACCAGCCGUUUUGCGUCGUUGGCCGACGCGGGACACGGGGCAUUUUGGGAACGACCCCAGGACUGGUCCCGCACCAAGCCCGGCACCGACUCCCACUAUCGCGGCAAGCCCGUCCCCAACAUCAGUGCCAACCUCGAUUCCGGCGCCCACGGACUCCCCGACUCCCCUGCCGACUCCUACCGCCAGCCCGACACCGGAGCCGACAAAGGCCCCUGA